GCCCUAGACCGACUCACCGAGGACCAGGUGACAUGGGACCCGUAUGUACCUGACUUGGUAGAUGCCAUGCCUCCACAUCUGCUAGACCAUCAGGCGGAGUGGCGUGCUAGAGUCACCUGAUCUGUUUCGAGGUUGUGGAGAGUCACCUGCCCGACCGAGUCAUGAGGCAGUUUGGACUACGCCAGACUAUCCCACAGGGGUGUGACACUAGUGUACAGCUUCACGGCAUUGAUCGUCGGGGAAAGGGGGAGACCAGCUGGGCGCUGGAGCAUUGGCGUUUCCUUCAGCUAUGGGAGCAACGGUUGGAGUUCAUCGUUGGAGGUGAUCUAAUGCAGGGGGCUAUGGAUCCCGACGAUCCGUACAUGGUGUGGUACAGGCGUAUCACACGACGCUUCAUCAACCCCAGCUACGCACCACCAUCCACACAUUACCAUCCAGCAUAUGACAUCAUUAGCGGAUAUGCGGCGGAUAUGGUGGCGAUGGUUGAUGCGCUAUCAGUCUCCCUUGAGUGCGGACCCACUAGAGCCCAGGUCGAGCAGGUGCGAGAUAUGGGCGUCGCUACCUUACGGAGAUAUGGUCACGCUCAUCUCGCCCACCGGCGGGACGGUCAUGAUGGCAACUCACAGUUCGAUCUCGGCCAGAGCAGCGGUGGAUGUGAUCCUACGUCACCCAGACACGCAGAGGAUUACAACAUCCACAGUACUGCGCCCUCUGGUACCCAGGAGGACCCCUCGUCCAGUCAGCUGACUCCCCCACCGCCCCGAGACCCAUUCACCACCGUCACUCAUUACAGGCGGCGACGUGUCAGACGGAGGGCCGACACUCUGAAUAAAUGA